AUGGCUGACACGGAUUUGUUAUCUCUGCCAAGUCACUUUGAUAGUGAUGCCGCUUUUGACUUUGGCAUGGACUUUGAUGAGCUGGACUGCGUUGAUCCCUUAAACAUGAGUGGCAGAUGUGACCUGCACAAAGGAAUCCGAAUCGAGCUUACUGAACAACCUCACAGCAUGCGUCAGGUGGCAAACAUUGUAAUUGCUCUGCAUAGACUAAAGAAUAUCCAUAAAACUCAGUCAGCAGACCUCACCCACCAGAAGCUCUUCAAUGUCAUCAUUGAGAAUGUGGUUGAAGAAUGCAAGGUGAUGGAGAUGUACCGUGAUUCAAGCAAGACUUACCAAAUGCAGGAAAGGACUGUGCAGUGCACUAUCUGUGAUCAUUCCCAAAAGAACUUGGUGAAGCCCAAAGGCAGUUCAGUCCUGCUAUCCGUAACACUAAAGGCUGGCAAUUGGGACCAUCAAGUAUGGUUCAACCUUUCACCCUACACACCUCCAUAUUCUAAGGACACCAGAGGCCUGCCUGUAUGUUUGGGAAUUGUGAAAAGCAACCUUUAUCUCUCAUGCAGGAACGAUGAUAAAGGAGUCCCUUCUCUCUUCUUAGAGGAGGUAAAAGACAGACAAACAUUGCGGACCAUCAAAGAAGAUGAUGAUAUGGAGCGUUUCCUCUUCUACAGAAAUGGCUCAGGCGAAUCCAUUAACACCUUUGAGUCGGUCAAGUACCCAGGCUGGUUCAUCAGUACCUCCCAGAAUGACAUGAAGCAGGUGGACAUGUGCAAGGAGAAAGUGGACUGUGAUCGUGUCCAUGCUUUUUUGCUGCAUGAUCAAAAAGUAGUCUUUGAAAAUCAAUUAUAGAAUUUUGAUUUUAAAAAACAGUUUCCAGAAAGUAUGUACUAAGUACAAGUAUUCACCUGGAAGCUUUGAU